AUGGUGACUACUGCAAACAGGCCUCGUCCAAAUCGACCACCACGCGAGCGCGAAGAGGAUCCUUCCGGUUUCACCGAAAGAGUAGUUUAUACCCGCCGAAUCGCCAAGGUAGUUAAGGGUGGCCGAAGGCUGCGAUUCAACGCAUUGGUAGUAGUGGGCGACGGCGAUGGUAACGUUGGAGCGGGCAUGGGAAAGGCCUUGGUCAUUCCCGACGCCGUGAGAAAAGGUAAUGCUAUUGCGCGGCGCAAUAUGGUGAAGAUUCCCAUUAAGGGCAGCACUCUCCCUCACGAAAUAACGGUUAAGGUCGGCGCUUCCAUUGUUGUGAUCAAACCGGCUCCCGAGGGAACCGGUAUUAUUGCCGCAGGCGCAAUGAGGGCCAUUCUCGAAUUGGGUGGCGUACGGGAUGUCGUCGGCAAGUCAUUGGGCUCACGAAAUCCUAUUAACACGGUACAAGCCACAUUGGAAGCCCUGCGGCGGUUGCGGGACCCUCAAAUUGAACUUGCUCGCCGCCUGGGCAACAAAUCCGCCGACUAG